AUGCAAUAUAGAGUUUAAUUGUAGUAGAUUAAUUAGAAUACAAAUGUUAUUCCAAUCUCGAUUAUGCAAUCCCUUAAAGGUUUAAGUAAGUAUUUCAAAAAGGAAAAAUGUACUUAAAUUUAGAGAUCUUGUACAUCAUUAUCUCCAAAACAGAAUAUUACUCGAAAGAAUUCAAAUUAAGUUGAGAAUCAGCUCUUAAAUUUUGUAAAUAGUAAUGAGAAUAGAUCAGUUCCAAAUUUGUUUGAAAAUGUACAAAAAAAGAAUGUAAAUGCACCUAUUAAUCAAAAAGUAUCAAAAGGUAGAAGUUCAUCAAUAAUUAUGAAUAAUUUGAAUUAGGAAGAUUGGAAAUUGAAAUAUAUGUAAUUGAAGGAAACAUUAAAUCAGAGAAUAGUAUCACUCGAAUAAGAAUUAUAUAGGAUUUAUCAUAUUGAAAAUAAUGCUACUAAUAUUAUUGAUUAAUUAAAUGAUUAAAUAAAUCAAUAGAAUUUAUAAUUAGAAGCUUAUAGAAAUAGAGUAAGAGAAAUAGAAAUAGAUUUAGAAAAUAAGAAUCAAUAAAUAAAAAAAUUAAUAAUUGAUAACAAUUAAUUCUAGAUAAUAAUCAAUGAGAAAAAUAAUUAAAUAGAUUUAUGGAGAUAAGAUUUAAGAACUCCAAAACAACCUUUUCUAACUACUGCAAUGAAAUAAAUUUAAUAAAUCUUUGAAUAAUUGGAAGUAUUAUAUUUUUUAUAAGUAUUUAGAAUUCGUAAACAAAUUAUAAAAUUCAUUCACCAUUAAGUUAAAAUUUAUCAAUAUCUUCCUCGUCUAUGGUUGAAAUGAUAAAUGAAAUGAAAGAGUCCUCCUGA